AAACACUAUAGUAUUUACUAUAAAUACACAGUAAUUUUUACAAUAAAUUGUAUUUCGUCUUGUAUAGCCGCUGUCUAAGAAAGAAGACAAGAAGUUGUACAUGUUGGUGGCAUGUGAGAGCUUUUUAAAUAGUUUCAUUCCUAAAUAACACAAUAAGAGCUCAAGGUGUGCUUAACAGUAGUGUUUUGUACAAUUGGUUUCUGGUUCAUUUUUAGCAAGUUUUCUCUGUGUUUGGUGGCCUUUGAAAAUGUGAUCUUAAAUGUGGAGAGAAAGAAAUGAAAUAGAUAACUCUUGAGUUUAAGGCUUAGUGAAGAAUGCCACCAGGAAGGAAAGGCCAGGAGACUCCCGAUAAACAGUCCCACAUGUGUGCAAAAGCCUCAAGAGACCCAAAAUCCACUUAGAAAUGUGUCUUAAACAUGACCAAAAAACUGGGAUGACAUUAACCAAAAAAAUGCUGAUGGGGAAAAAUGGCUUUGUUGAGGAAAAUCAAUCGUGGGCUCCUCAUUCUGCUAGUCCUGGUGGCUUUUGCUCUCCUGUACAACAAGACCAGACUACAGACGCUGCCCAAGUAUUCAGUACUCAAGAAAGAUGAGGGCAAAAUGGGUAUGGAGGAUGAGAAAGAGAUGGACACUGACAUCCCUGUGGUGAUCUGUGCUUCAGAGGAGCGUAUUGGUGCUUCCAUGGCCACCAUCAACAGUGUCUACAGCAACAGUCGUGCAAGUGUUUUCUUCUACAUAGUUACCCUGCGAGAUGCCAUCAAAAAGAUAAGGGAAUACAUAGAGAAGACCAAGCUGAGAAAAAUCAGAUACAAGAUCCUGGAGUUUAAUCCGAUGGUACUGAAGGGGAAAGUCAGUCCGGACUCGUCCAGACCAGAACUGCUGCAUCCUCUAAACUUUGUGAGGUUCUACUUGCCGCUUCUUUCCAUUGAAAAUCACGAGCGGAUUGUUUACCUGGAUGAUGAUGUCAUAGUACAAGGAGAUAUACAGGAACUGUAUGACAUAAAGCUGAAAGCAGGGCAUGCUGCUGCGUUCGCCUCAGACUGUGAUCUGCCCGCCACACACGAGAUGGUGCGCAGUGUGGGGAUGCAGACAACCUAUAUGGGCUUUCUGGACUACCGCAAAGAGGGAGUCAGAGAGUUGGGCAUCAACCCCAGUGACUGCUCCUUUAAUCCAGGUGUUUUUGUGGCAGACAUUGGCGAAUGGAAAAAGCAAAAGAUAACUAAACAGCUUGAGAAAUGGAUGGCAAAGAAUGUCAGGGAGAACCUGUACAGCAGUGCUGUGGCAGGGGGCGUGGCCACCCCUCCAAUGCUGAUCGUCUUUCAUGAUAAAUACACAACCAUUGAUCCACUGUGGCAUGUCAGACACCUGGGCUGGAGUCCUGAUGCCCGUUAUCCCAGGUCCUUCCUCAAAGAGGCACAGUUACUGCACUGGAACGGACGCUUCAAGCCCUGGGUCUACCCCUGCGUCCAUCUGGACCUCUGGGAGAAAUGGUUUAUCCCAGACCCCACAGGAUCAUUCACCCUGGUGAUCUUCAAGAAGAGUUGUCUUACCUGAAAGCAAAGGUGUUUCCCCACCUAGAUGCACUUUGCCAGAAAAGAGGCACCUGUUUCAGACCUGUGGACUUACAGCGAAGCAAUUAUGAAUGUGACAUUGAUGGACAUCAGAUUAAUAAGCCUGAUC